AUGUCAUAUUGCCUCAUCAUAAAUAAUACGGAAGAAGAUAAUCUAUAUUUUGGAGGAAAAAGAAAUAGCAAAAAUUUAAAAGUUAAUGAAGAAGUUGACAAGAAUUUCGUGAAUACCUCUCAAACGUCGAAAGUUCAAAAGCAACAAAAUUAUAAUUCACAAACUAAAAUUACCGCAAAUAAUACAAAUUAUUAUCAUUCUUUAUCGGAUGAGUUCAAUGAAUCUUCAGAAACUAUAAAGUUGAAUCUUGACGCUACCUCUCGAAUUUAUGGAUUUCAGAUGAUGAUGACGAAAAACAAAAACAUAAAUCUGUUUGUUUCUAAAAAAUCUAAUGUUAAUAAUGAAAUUAGUAAUGGAGUUAGUAAUGGAGUUAGUAAUGGAGUUAGUAAUGGAGUUAGUAAUGGAGUUAGUAAUGGAGUUAGAAGUCGAAGUAUCAACAAAGUCGUUAAAAGACGAUCUAUAGAAGAAGGAAAACCCAAGAAAUGUAUUAUUAUUACAAUAGAACCACAUACCCAAUCAUCUACUACGUUUAAUAAUAAUAAUGAACAAGGAUUAUCACAAAGAUCAAAUUUGUCUAAUGAAAAUACUUUAGCUAUAACAAUUGGAAGUUCUCGUAUUUUUGGAUCAUCCAAAGUUCGAUAUUCUUUUGUUCCAACUGAUGGAACUGAAAUUAAUAUUAGUGACCUUAUUGAAAAAGUUUAUGAAUUAUUUGAUAUUCAACUAAAACCUAUUCAUAGUUCCCCUAACUAUGAAAAUUCUGUUCUAGAAAAUAUGGACAAUACGGACAAUGUGAACGACAUGAAAAAUUUUAGCAAUAUUAGUAAAAAUAUUAGAACACAAGAAGUAGAUAUUUUGGAAAAAUUUAUUAAUAAAAUAAGUCAAAAUGAUUGUGAGGCUGGUCAAUAUGACUUAAAAUAUACCAAGUAUUACAAAUGUUUUAAAAAACAAUCAAAGAAAUCUUAUCUGAAAAUCAACGUGAAACAUCGACUAACUUUGAGACAAAUACAAACUUCAUCGACUUGUUCAACGUAUAAAAAUUUUCCGAUAAUAAUCUCAAUGAAAUCUAAUAAAUUAGAGAGCAUCUUAACAACAUCAUCGGAAUUUUCUUUAAAACACACCAAAGAAUCUUUAGAAUCUUUUACACAAUUACAUCGAAUGCUACCAUCAUCUUCACCUUCAAGAGCAGAAAGUGAUUGGAUACUAUCAGAUGAAUUUGGAUUACUGGCGGGAUCCGUUUUAUUCGGAUAG